AUGGUGAAAUACUUUUCUGUUGACUGGCUAGCCCAGAACCAUCACAAUAACAUUCAGGGGCACUGUGCUGACAUGGACACGACCCUUACCUGCAAACCUCACAUUCCCUGCAUGGUGCAGCCAAGCCCACCGCCCAUUGGCAAAGGUUACCUGCAGAUAAAGUCCAAAGCAGUUAAACGCUUCGAACACUCGGGGCCAGCGGAGAGCUGCGGGGCCGAGGACUCAACACUGUGCUCGCCACUGGAUUCAUCAAGCUGCACCCCACCGAUUUGUGACGUCAGCGAGUACCUCUGCGGGUAUGAGAGCGACCGAGUUUCCCCGGAUAGACUCUCCGUGGACGAGGGGAACGAGGGGAGAAAAGACGCGGGACCCCAACGCCGAGUUCGCACAAAGUUUUCGUCCGAGCAGAUCAAAAAACUGGAACGGAUAUUCAUCAAACAGAAAUAUUUGGAUUCCGGGGAGAGAGAGAAGACGGCACAAAAGCUGAACCUCACAGAAACUCAGGUGAGGACCUGGUUUCAGAACCGAAGGAUGAAGCUGAAACGGGAAUUCCAAGACUAUCUCACUCCCCCAGUCCCGCCGGUCAUUUUUCAGCCUCUGUCUCCGGUUCAGUACCACAGCAUGGCUGGACAUCUACCCCAUUACUCUCCUACGGGUCAUCCCUUUUACUCAUUACCUGUCCCGCAGUUGCUCCACCAUCAGCACAUGCCUCCUCACUACCCUCAUCGAACAAUGAUACACCACCCACAUUUCUACUGA